GUUUUGCGGCUUUUGCCUAGGCCUAGGCCUUUUCUUUUUUGUUUGGGCAAGGAAGGAGGUUUUGACUGAAGGUUGCAGAAACCAGAAGAGCGUAAUUUUGUGGCAUAAAUAAUUGAAUUGUGUCAAUGAUGGCAGAUCUGGUGGAAAAAAGGCCUAAAGUAGAAUUAACUGAAGAUGACUAUAGAAAACUCCAACUUCAAAUCCAUCGUGCACUUGAAGAUCAAGAACUGAACACUCUCAAGUUCUUAUGCCUUGAUGAAUCUAUUGGACUCCAAUUUGGAACGCUAGAAUCUUGUAAAAAUGGUCUUGAUAUUUUUUCAAAUUUGGAAAAACUCUUGCAUCUUUCUAACAAGAAAUUGGAUCUACUCAUCGAACUCAUGGAUCUCAUACGACGUCCUGAUUUACAAUGCAAAGUAGAAGGAAAAUGUGAUAAUCUAGAAGAGAAAAAGAGGAUAAUAUCCCCUUACAGGAGAAUGGUGCUGGAAUUGACAAAUGUUAUAAGUGAUAAUGAGUUAAAGGAGUUAAAGGAGUCAACAUUGAAAUCAAAGUUAACUUACCGCAAAAUUGCAGACAUGCAAAAGCCAAUACAAAUGAUGUAUGCUCUUGAACAGCAGGGUAUCAUAGCACCUAACGAUGUAGAGUACCUGAAUACAAUUUUUGAACAUCUAAACAGAAAAUUGUUUGCAGGUGUAGUAUUGAAGUACCAGCAGGAAGUGUUGAUCGGGAAAUACAAGAUGGACUGCAAGCCACAUGGUUUGUGCAUUAUCAUCAAUAACGUCAAAUUUUCACCUCCUUCAUCAAGCUUAGUUCUUGAAGAACGUAAAGGCUCAGAAAAGGAUAAAGGUAACCACUGCUCUUAUUGA